AUGGCAUCUCUUCUGCCCCCUGUUGGUUCUGAGAUUUUCAAACGAUUCACACCAGCAUCACUGGAGGAAAUCCAACGACGCCAUGAAGCUGAAGAAAAGGAACAUCAGAUAAGGAAAGAGAACAAUAUUGAGAUUGCAGAGGAAGAUCUUCCUAAACCAGUUAGUGACCUGGAGGCUGGGAAACCCCUUCCCCUUAUAUAUGGAGACCCACCUCCUGAGUUUCUCAACACCCCAUUGGAGGAUCUGGAUCCUUUCUACCAAUCACAGAAGACCUUCAUUGUGCUCAGUAAAGGAAACAUCAUCUACAGGUUUAAUGCUGAGCCUGCCUGUUACCUCCUGAGUCCAUUCAACCCACUGAGGACCUUAGCCAUCAAGAUCCUCAUUCAUUCAUUAUUCAGUCUGUUCAUCAUGGUGACGAUUCUGAGCAAUUGUGUCUUUAUGACAAUGAGCAACCCUCCAGCAUGGAGCAAGACAGUCGAAUACGUGUUCACAGGCAUCUACACAUUUGAGGCAACAACCAAAGUUUUGUCUCGAGGAUUCUGCAUUGGAGAAUUCACCUUCCUCAGAGACCCGUGGAAUUGGCUGGACUUCAUGGUCAUCAGCAUGGCGUAUUUGACAGAAUUUGUGGAUUUGGGAAAUGUUUCUGCAUUGAGGACAUUCAGAGUUCUUCGAGCCCUCAAAACCAUUACUGUCAUCCCUGGUCUGAAAACGAUUGUUGGAGCCCUCAUCCAAUCAGUGAAGAAACUGGCUGAUGUCAUGAUCCUGACAGUUUUCUGCCUCAGUGUCUUUGCUCUGAUUGGUCUUCAGCUUUUCAUGGGAAACCUGAGGCAAAAAUGCGUCCUGAUGCUGCCACCAUUGCAUAGCAACCACACGGCAGAUAUCAACCUUAAUGCCAGUUUCCAUAUCAAUGACACUCACAACAACAAUACAGGAAGCAGUGUCUUUGAUUUCUAUGAGUAUAUCAACAACCCAGAGAACCAUUACUAUCUUCCUGGUCAUCUUGAUGCUCUGCUGUGUGGAAACAGCUCUGAUGCUGGGGUUUGUCCAGAUGGUUACAUCUGUAUGAAGGCAGGGAGAAACCCAAACUACGGCUAUACCAGCUACGACACAUUUGGCUGGGCAUUCCUGGCUUUGUUCAGACUCAUGACUCAGGACUUCUGGGAAAAUCUGUUCCAGCUGGAACAUCCGGUGGCGUUGGGAGACUGGGUCCUGGUCAGAGUGAUUAAGAAGAAGUGCUGGAACCAACCCCGGUGGGACGGACCCUACAAAGUACUACUGACCACACCAACUGCAGUCAAAAUAGCAGAGAGAUCCACGUGGAUACACCUCAGCCAUUGCAAAAGGAUUGAGCCAAUCAACGCUGAGUAG